AUUUUGUUGUUUUAAAUAUUUACAAACUGUAGAGAAUAAGUAUUACUAUCGAUCAGUUCGAUUGUUAGCUUGAAGCAGUAUUUUAUUAUAAUGGAAACUUUAUCAAUAGUUUUGUUUAUGUGUUUAUUAAUAUUGAAUAAAAGCACUGCUCGUGCUACUGAGAACCCAUCUACAGAGAAUUCACCAUCUACAGAGAAUUCAUUAAUUGUGAAUAACACAUGCGAACCAUCUUAUUGUUCCAAACCAGGUAUAUCCUGCUAUGAUCGUUUCACUAUACAGCAUUGUGAUGGAAUUGGUACUUCCGGUCUACGGUACAGUGUUUCCUGUAGAGUACAAAAUCCGGAUCGUCCUCAUUGUAUAGAACAUGAAAACGGAGUAGAAUGUAUUUUUGCACAACUUAAGCAAAGUCCACCAGAAAUGUGUAAUGAUCGAACCUUUCGUCCAGAUCCACGGGAUUGUACUCGUUAUGUUCAAUGUAUAAUGAAGCAAAAUAAAAAAGGUUACUUUGGUGUAAUAGUUAAUUGUCCGAAAGGUACCAUAUAUGAUAUGGAUAGAACUCAAUGUAUAAGUACAGAUGAUGCUAGAAAAUGGGAUGUGAAAUGUGAGACAAUACAACCGUAUUGCUCUAGAAAUGAGGGUAAACUUAUAUCAUUUCCACGAGAUCCAUCAAUAUACGUUAAAUGUCCAGAAUAUUCAAACGAAGAAAUUAUCGUGAAUAUAUGCGACCGUGGAUCAUACUUUAACCAAGAGAUUGGUUCUUGUCAAAAGAAUUGUUAUAUCAUAGGAAGCAUGCCGAAUUAUGGGAAUUGUAAAGCGUAUUACAAAUGUUUUUUGUUUAAUCAAAUAACAUCAAAUAUAUGUCCUGAGGGAACUGGCUUUAAUCGCCGGUCACUCUUAUGUGAUGAGAGUCUAGCAAAUUGUACAAAUUAAAUUCAGACAUUUGUUCAUUGUUAAUUUAUCACAAAAUGAGACUAAAAAUGGCUUUUUCAAGAAAAAUUCCAAAGAUUUAUUUUCAACGACAUACAGCUAUAAAAAAAAAUUUUGGGAUCCUCGAUCGUCUCUGUUAGCUGCUAUAA